CGUCAUCAAAACGCGCCGCGUGUUGCUUCGAAACGUCGCUCCACUCGUUGGAUUUCCCUAAAACAGGAUGCCUCUUCCACCAGCAUUGCUGGCCCGCCUGUCCAAGAGAGGGAUUGUUAAAGCAUCAGAGAAAGAGGCAGAUGAAGAGAUUAUUGCUGAAGAUUAUGACGACAACAAUGUAGAUUACGAAGCCACCAGAAUAGAGAAUCUACCGCCAAACUGGUACAAAGUGUUUGACCCUGCUUGUGGUCUUCCUUAUUACUGGAAUGUGGAGACAGAAAUGGUGGCCUGGCUGUCCCCAAAUGACCCAACCGCAGUGAUAACAAAAGCUGCCAAGAAAAUAAGAGUGGAUGCAGGAGAGGAAAGAGCUGAGAGGCAGUUUGAAAAGCCGGACAGAGAGCGAGAGCGGGACAGGGAGAGAGAGCGAGAAAGGGACCGGGAUCGUAUCAGAGACAGAGACAGGGACGAUGUGAGGGACAGAGAGAGCAGAGACAGAAGAAAGCCAAGGAGGGAAGACAUUGUACCAUACAACAAGAACAAAAGAGGUAGAAAGGAUGAUGAGAUGGACCCCAUGGAUCCAAGUGCUUAUUCUGAUGCUCCAAGGGGUUCGUGGUCAAGUGGUCUGCCCAAGCGCAACGAGGCAAAGACGGGUGCUGACACCACCGCAGCAGGGCCUCUGUUCCAGCAGCGGCCGUACCCCAGUCCAGGAGCUGUGCUCCGGGCUAAUGCAGCAAACCAGAUACCUAAGGAGUAAAGACUUCACUGCCACGGGGGAGACGCAGCUCGCCUGACACAGCAUUUGCUGAACGAUAUCCCGUAUUUGUUGUGAAACGUGUCAACGUGUCAGAAAAUGUGCUACUAGUGCAUUUACACUCUUGUCAAACAUGUAGAUCAGUUGUAAAUAUGUUUUUAUAUGAACUCGACUGACCCUCUUGUUGUUUUUAGGGCAGUAAGGGCUUUUCAUGGCAGACAUUUUGUAAGGUCGCGGUAGGAAAAGCACAGGUGAAAAUAAUAAAAUGAUGUAUGGCUGAGUUCCAGUUAGCGUCCUCAUUUUCAGGGUGCAUGUUGGCUUAAUGUCAUAGAUACCUGACUAGUAUGAGCCAUUGUUAAUGUUUUCAGCAUCACCUGCUAACACAUGUCAAAAAGGCCUGUUAUUAGUGUGCAUUAUGUAAUAAUAAAUUGAACCAAACUGAAAAUGACUCAUUGCAGCUUUUGACAAUGUUUUAUUAAAAAAAUUGCUGUGGAA